AUGGCUCUCUCCCUCAAGCUCCUACAGCAGGUAUCGUGGUCAAACAACUCAACCACACCAGGUGUGCCCUAUUCCUCCUUCACGAUAGAGAAGACGGGCUAUACCAGAAGUCUUGGCUUCCGUCGGAGGCUAAAAAUCGAGUUGUGUUUUAUCGAAAAGUUGCGAACGCUUGCAUUUAAUGCCAGCGUUUGCAAGUUCACUAAGGCAUACAUCGAACAACACCAGAAUGACUUCUGCGACCUCGUUCGUUCCACCACUUGGAAGGCUCCCCAAGGUGAACUACGAAGCAUCGCCCCCAAGGAGGCAAUUUUCUCGUAUGUUCACCAAGCAAUCACGCUGUGGAAUGAUGGCGGGGAGAUGGGCCACCUCGAGCAGGCUUACGAUGUCAUCAUGAGUUCUGUGGGGAGGACCAACUGGGAGGAAAUUCAAGGAACCAACGACGAAGGCAACUGGAAGUUGCUACAGUUGAUGAUCGAGGGCAACGAUAACUUCGAUAUACGAGAGGCAAGCGAGGCUUCCCGAGCCUGCCAAGCACUUUGGCCAGUACCCGCGGACGGCCCAGGCAGCAUUCUCCCAGAGGCCCUUUGUCAACUAGCCCGGGGCCUACGCGCUGGCGCAAUGUUGAAUACGCCGAUCGAUGAGUCGUUCUACCGAGCAUUUAUCACAUUAUUCUGCGCAGAGCAUACAGCCGGACGUGCUCAGGGUGAAGCCUUACACGGCGCCAUUCAGACCGCGUACUACCUAGCUUCAGCCUCGGUAGGCCAGCCCUUAGACACCCAGGAGCAAAGAUCAACUAGCCGUGCCACUGAUCCUGGUCUGCUGGAGCGCAUUAUCCACUUGAAACGGGCACAGCUACAAUCCAUCAAGCAACUCAGGGCAGCUGAACGAGAAGUGGUUAUGGAGCUUGGCGGCACAGUGACGGAAAUUGUCCCUCCGAACCAGCUAAUUCAAGAAAUCAGGUCAACAAUGGACAUCAAUCAUUGUCGCGAGCUAGCGGUGAAGCUCUUCAAGAUGAGUUUCAUGCGACAUGAUCUUUUCGCUCAAAGUAUGGUGACACAGGCCGCCACCGAGCUAAGUUUGCUAAAGGCAUUCUGGGUGCCAGAUGACGACUACGAAGAUGACGGUGAAGGUGAAGAUGAAGACGAUGAUGAGGCAAUGCCUGAUGCUUCGGAGAUGGACGAAGACGCUUGA